AGUGUAGCUGCCAGCAGUCGGGUGAAGCCAGGUGGAGGGAAGCGCGUCUCUCUAAACAGCUUUGUGAAUUUGGAUCGACGCGCCACACACCCUCACAUCGUCUUAUUAUUCCAAGCUAGCAUAGCAUGAUUUCCGCCACCGCCGCGCUCAUUAAACGCAGCCGGAUUGAUCACUGUGCGAGACGCAUACACUCCUGUGCUUUGCUCAAAAUGCCGAUCCAGGUGGGUGAACGUCUCCCUAAAGUGGAGGUCCAAGAGGGCGAGCCAGGGAAUAAGGUGUCAAUGGAUCAGCUCUUUAAGGGAAAAAAGGGUGUCCUCUUUGCUGUGCCAGGAGCUUUCACACCCGGUUGCUCCAAGACUCACCUCCCAGGUUUUGUGCAGCAGGCAGAGGACUUGAAGAGCAAAGGCGUGCAAGAGGUGGCCUGCAUUUCUGUCAACGACGCAUUUGUCAUGGCUGCCUGGGGAAAGGAGCACGGGGCAGAUGGCAAGAUUCGAAUGUUGGCUGAUCCUACUGGAGCAUUUACACAGGCUGUGGACUUGCUGCUGGAUAGCGAUCAGCUUGUACAAGUACUUGGAAACAAGAGAUCUAAGCGCUAUGCAAUGGUGGUUGAAGACGGCGUCGUGACGAAGAUCAACGUGGAGCCUGAUGGCACCGGACUGACCUGCAGCUUGGCGCCCAGUGUUCUCUCUGAGCUGUAGGCGUGCUACAAAUGUCUAACAAGUAACCGUUCCCAGUAUGUUACAAAGCUUCAUCCGCAUCCCAAAGAGUACCAACAAAUGUUACAUAGAUGCUAGCAUCAAAAGAAAAGUAUAAAAUGCGCACAAAUAUGAUAUGCAAUGCAAAGAACAGUGUACUUUGGUGAGAGUGAGACUUAAUACAAUCUAUUCCAAAAGCAGUAA